GCGAGCUCAGAAAAAAGAAAAAAGAAACAUCUUCUUCUUCUGGCUCGUUUUGAUUGGAGUAGUAAGGACUGUUCUGAGUAUUCUGACUUUGUGAAUUGUGACUUCCUUCCUCCUCCAGGGUCCAGGCCAGCCAGCCAGCAGCAGGCGCAUCACUUGUCAUUCAUUACACCUUUCCCCCUCUCCCUCUAAAUUAGCCCCAGGGUUUCUCACUUCGUCUUUCAUCCAACUCCAGCCAGCCUCGGAUUGACUUCAGUUUGAACUGCAGAAGAAGAUUCAACUUGUUGUGCUUUUUCCUUAUUAUAUCACGAGUUCGGACUUCAUCCGUGAUGAAUCUUUACCCUGUCCCUGUCUCUGCUCGUAUCAGCUUGAUUUGAUCUGAAGUAUUCAACUAAGGUUAUAAAAAUGGCGAUGGUUAUGCACCACCAGCAGUACAGAGAGAAUAACACCGCCACCAUCAACAACCUUUUGGAUGCUGGAAAAUAUGUUCGCUAUACCGCUGAGCAAGUCGAAGCUUUGGAGCGGGUAUAUGCAGAAUGUCCCAAACCUACUUCUUUACGCAGGCAACAGCUGAUCCGGGACUGUCCAAUUUUAGCUAAUAUCGAGACCAAGCAGAUCAAAGUCUGGUUUCAGAAUCGUAGGUGCAGGGAGAAGCAACGGAAUGAGUCUUCACAGCUUCAAACUGUCAACAGAAAGUUAUCUGCGAUGAACAAGUUGUUGAUGGAGGAAAAUGAUCGGUUGCAGAAACAGGUCUCGCAGUUGGUAUGCGAGAAUGGAUUCAUGAGAAAACAAUUGCAAGGCGCAUCUGCAGCAACUGCUGAUGGAAGCUGUGAAUCUAUCGUUACCACUCCUCGGCAUUCCUUAAAAGAUGCUAAUAAUCCUGCUGGACUGUUGUCGAUUGCGGAAGAAACGCUGGCAGAGUUCCUUUCUAAGGCGACCGGAACUGCUGUUGAUUGGGUCCAGAUGCCUGGGAUGAAGCCUGGUCCGGAUUCUGUUGGGAUCUUUGCUAUUUCACAGAGUUGCAGUGGAGUGGCCGCUAGAGCCUGUGGCUUAGUUAGUUUAGACCCCACGAAGAUAGUUGAAAUACUGAAAGAUCGCCCAUCUUGGUUCCGAGACUGUCGGAGCCUUGAAGUUUUCACGAUGUUUCCUGCUGGGAAUGGGGGCACAAUAGAGCUGGUCUACUGCCAGACGUAUGCUCCAACUACCCUUGCCCCUGCUCGGGAUUUUUGGACUCUAAGAUACACUGCAAGUUUGGACAAUGGAAGUCUUGUGGUUUGUGAGAGGUCCCUCACUGGUUCUGGUGCUGGGCCACAUCCAACUUCUGCGUCACAAUUUGUUAGAGGAGAAAUGCUUCCAAGUGGCUAUUUGAUUCGGCCUUGUGAGGGUGGAGGUUCAAUUAUCCAUAUAGUAGACCACCUUAACCUUGAGGCUUGGAGUGUGCCAGAGGUAUUGAGGCCACUUUAUCAAUCUUCAAAAGUAGUUGCCCAUAAAAUGACUAUUGCGGCACUGCGUUAUAUUAAGCAAAUAGCUCAGGAGACAAGUGGUGAGGUGGUAUAUGGGCUUGGGAGGCAACCAGCUGUUCUGCGAACAUUUAGCCAGAGAUUGAGCAGGGGCUUCCAAGAUGCUGUCAAUGGAUUCAAUGAUGAUGGUUGGUCGCUAAUGAGCUGUGAUGGCAAUGAAGAUGUCAUAGUUUCCAUUAAUUCAACAAAAAGCUUGGGUGCUUUAUCCUCUCAUUCUAAUUCUCCAUCUUUACUUGGAGGCGUACUAUGCGCUAAGGCAUCAAUGCUACUGCAAAAUGUCCCACCUGCAGUGCUGGUUAGAUUCCUUAGAGAGCACCGUUCAGAAUGGGCGGAUUUCAAUAUUGAUGCUUAUUCUGCUGCUGCAUUGAAAACCAGCGCAUACAUGUAUCCAGGCAUGAGGCCUACAAAAUUUACAGGAGGUCAAGUUAUCAUGCCACUCGGUCAUACAAUUGAACAUCAAGAGAUGCUUGAAGUCGUAAGACUUGAAGGACACCCUUUAUCUCAAGAGGAUCCUUUCACAUCGAGGGACAUUCAUUUGCUCCAGAUAUGUAGUGGAAUGGAUGAGAACGCUGUGGGAGCAUGCUCUGAACUGGUGUUCGCUCCAAUUGAUGAAAUGUUCGCAGAUGAUUCCCCGCUUCUUCCAUCUGGCUUUCGAAUCAUUCCAUUGCAUUCAAAACCAUCAAAUACACAGGAUACUUUGACAACAAACCAGACAACAUUGGAUCUAACAUCCAGCCUUGAAGUAGGCCAAACAACAAAUGGUCAUAACUCUCCAGACGCAUCGUCGAACCAAAACAUGCGAUCAGUAUUGACCAUAGCCUUUCAGUUCCCCUUUGAGAACAAUAUGGAGGAUAACAUCGCUGCAAUGGCUCGUCAAUAUGUCCGCACUGUAAUUUCCUCAGUCCAGAGAGUUGCUAUGGCUAUAUCUCCAUCUGGUUUGAGUCCCACCAUUGGACCAAAGCUAUCUACAGACUCUCCAGAAGCUUUAACUCUAUCUCACUGGAUCUCCCAGAGUUAUAGUUACCAUAUCGGAAACCAAUUGCUGAGUUCUGAUCCUGUCAGUGGUGACUCAGUCUUGAAGCAACUGUGGCAGCACCAGGAUGCCAUACUAUGCUGCUCAACAAAGUCGCUUCCGGCUUUAAUAUUCGCAAACCAAGCAGGACUUGACAUGCUAGAGACGACUCUAGUGGCAUUACAAGACUUAACAUUGGACAAGAUAUUCGAUGAUUCUGGACGCAAAGCACUAUUAUCAGAGUUCUCUAAAAUUAUGCAGCAGGGAUUUGCAUACUUACCGGCUGGAAUUUGCAUGUCAGCAAUGGGACGCCACAUUUCAUAUGAACAGGCGAUAGCAUGGAAAGUCCUUGCUGCCGAAGAGAACAGCGUGCAUUGUCUUGCAUUCUCCUUUGUUAACUGGUCAUUUGUAUGAGUGACGAUCCUUACAAUUCAUUAUUAGUAGUCCAAAUGUGUCCUGCCAAGAGAAGAG